AUGAGGGUGAGCAAUAAUCACAAUAGCAUAAUAUGCUUUGGAGAUAGUUUGACCCAACAAGGAUCAAGAUCUGGUGGAUUUGUGACUAGCUUGCAAGAAGCAUACAUUCGUCGUUUGGACGUGAUGAAUCGAGGUUAUAGUGGAUACACAUCGAGGCAAGGGCUAGCACUCUGUUCAUUUCUGUUCGAAAAAGAUACAAAUCCAAUCUCACAAGCUCGCUUGGCAACUGUUUGGCUGGGCACAAAUGAUGCUAUCGAGCCGGGAUAUUCACAACAUGUACCACUGGCAGAGUACAAGUCCAACAUGACAUCUAUCCUGCAAGACCAUUUCGAUUCGCUACCAGUACUACUCAUCACGCCAACUACUGUCGUGAACGGUCUAUUUGCAGGUCAUUUUGACGACAGCAAUCAUGAAAGAUAUGGACAAGCUCUACAAGAGAUUGCCAAUGAACUCAAUCCGAGUAGAAAAGAAGCCGAAAAGAUCAUCGUGAUUGAUAUGAGAAAAGCUUUCUUGCAAGCUGCUAUUGUACAAGAAGGUGGUCUUAAAGCUCUGAUGGAUGCUGAUGGAUUGCAUUUGGCUACGCCAGGAUAUAAAGUCGUCUUUGAUGCUGUAAUGGCUGCUAUUGAAACUUACUUUCCACACUUGAGCCCGGAUAAACUCAAAUUUGUCAUUCCAGAUUGGAAAGAAUUGAAUCUCAAUUUGGAUCAAGAAGGACAAAAGAAGCAACUGAUACCAUGA